AUGACAGCCAAUAACCGUCAUGAAAAAUCCAUUUUUAUGAACCAAGAGUUUCCAGAUAACACUCUUUCUCCCUAUAUGUUGGCGAAAAUCAAUGCUGUUGGAAAUGUGAAUGAUAUAAAUUCUCCGAUUACUACUGGGGACACUUUAACUAAUUUUCGUGAACACUCCGAAACAUGUGACUGUUCAAGUAAUAAUAUGGAUAAUAUUUCUUUUAAAGAGAAAGAUGGUAAAGAUAAUACCAGACUUAGUGAUAAUAACGCUGAUGUUUUUACACAUUCAAAACAAACUCUACUUGAUUAUGAUGAACUCCACAAUAUGUUUUCUGACACAGAAAUUUUGGAAAAUGGUGAUGACUACGAUCACUCAUCUUUUAACGACUCAAACGUUUCAUUAACAAAAGUUAUCGACACUUUAUCCAGUGAUAAAAAUAAUAUUUACUCUGCAUACAAUACUAAAGUCCACAAUACUCACUAUAAUUAUUGCGACAACUCCAACAGUGACAUUAACAAUCAUAUUGUAUUGAAUAAUGACACAGCUGCAGAAAUUCAUUAUGUCAAAGAGUUGCCUUACCAUUCUACUUCAACAACAGAUUGUGCUGGGUCACAUGCUACGAUCGAAACAAAUCAAUAUCCUUCCCAGACAAUAACUACUACUGUUAUGCCAGGGAUUUAUUCUCCAUCAUUUUAUUCUUCUCCGAUAAUAUACACUACUUUCCAAAACCAAACCAAACAUGCAAUUGAUUCGAAUCACAUAGGAUUGCCAAAUAAUAAAAGUUAUUAUGAAAAAUAUCAAUUCAGGGAUAAUAGUAAAAAUAUUUUUAUUGAUAAUGAUGAUACUACUACUACUACUACUACUACUACUACUGAAGCUAAAAAUAAGCAGGCAGAUACAGUAACUGCUAACAUUAAUAGUAGUAAUUUCGUGACCGGUAAUUUUUCUAGGUCAUCUAGCGUCAUUGGAAAGCGUAGAAAAAAAAACACCAAGAAUUUAAAAUUACAAGACUUAGACAAUAAACAUACUAACAAAAAUGAGGAUUUAUUUCCUGACCAAAUUAAACAAAAAAGGAAAAAAACUGGUGCUGUCUCUAAAAAUAAGAAAAUUGAGAAAAAGAAAUCUCGUAUUGAAGACAUAUUUCUAACACCGAUGUCUGCCACUAUGCUAAACAGCGAAAAAUUGGACAAUUUGUCACAAUCACAGCUAAUGCCAGCCGUUAGUGAAGACAGUAAAGAGCACAAUGUAAGUUAUCAGGAACCCAAGUAUGUGCAUGAUAGUGCAAACCAUAACGGGUCUUAUCAUCAAUAUUUAGCUGAUGUUCACAAUAAGCACAAUAAUUCACUUACUGAAGAGCUAAUAAAUCAAAAUAUGACUCUGGAAAUAGCUAAUUGUCAAUUAGAUAGCAAUAAGGUUUAUUUAGAUCAUGAUGAAGACACAACCUCCCCGGCAUAUUUCAAGGAGCAACAGAGUGAAGGAUGUUUCCCCUUGAAAAUGGGCGUUUUUACCGUGAAAGAAAGAAAUGUUCAACACAAAAAGAAUAACUUUUUGAACGGCCAAAAUGCUGCACAAGCCAAAAUUGUGAAAGAAACAGUUAUUGAGAACACGCCAUCUCACCUCGAAUUAAAGAACUGUAUGGAAAGCAACCAUUACAGGGAAAUCACUAAAGAUCAUUGUCCAGGCUCAAAAAAUAUAGCGUGUGGUAUUAGUAAACAACAAAACCUUUAUAUUGACGCUAAUGACAAUGUGAUCAAAAAGAAACAUUUUGAAUGUGACACAAACGGCGAUGGACAAAGUAUGGACAAUUUUUUAGCAAAUACACUUCUAUUAGAUCGAACCGUGCCGGAUCUUGGUACUGCAACGAGUACUACAAUGCCAGAAAUGACCUGCGACUCUUUACCCACACCCAGUGACAAAUCUACUGUUUCAUAUACCGACCCACAUCCUAUAAAUUAUACGGAUAAUAAUAAUGCUGCUACUGCUGAACACAAAAAUAAAUCCAAUGAGUUGGAGUCCUUGUGUUCAGCUGAUAACAACGCCAAAUUUGCAGAUUCAAACAAAACUAUAUGCAACAAUGAAGUUAUGGAUAAGUUUUAUCGCAUUUUUAUAGCCAAAGAAAUCCCGACCUCUCCAAAAAAAAGCAAUCCACUUGCUGUUGAAGAUAAUAAAGUUGAGAAUCAUAAACAUAUUAUAUCUGGUGCUACUAUUAAAAGGGAAAAAAAGCCAAACAGAAACAAUGAUGAUCACGGUAUGACCGAUAAAGAAGGCAGCAUAGAACCAAGUUUAGUUGAACAAUUUUUAAAUGAUGAAGAUCUAAUGAGAGAAUUAAACAAGAGACCAAAAAGAGGAUUUUACAAGUGUAUUCAUUGCUCUGAAACUUUUAACAAUAUUUUGGAUUAUGCACAUCAUUUAGAUGAAAAUAAUAUCUUAAGACCAUUUAAAUGCCCAUUUCCAUUAUGUCCAUGGAAAAUAUUAGGGCUGCCAAAAAGAAGCGAGUUAAGAAGACAUUGUGCUAUCCAACAUAUGGUCCAGAUGCCACUGAAGUUAAAGGAAAUGUUAAAUUUAAAUGAUUCGAAUUUUCCAUUACUACAUUGUAAAUAUAAUUUUUGUGAUAAGUUGUUCUAUAGAAAAGAUUCUUAUGCAAGACACGUUAAAAUGGUGCAUAAAAAUGUGAAUAGUAGAUUUAAUAGGAGAAUUCAAAAAAUCGAGCGGGGGUGUCCCUACAACGAAGAAGAUAAAGUAUAUGAAUACGUUUUAGAUACUUUACAAAAGCAAGAAGAAAAAAAAAAAUCUAAAAAGAUACUGUCGACCAAUAAAACUUAA